AUGCAAAGGAAAGACAUCACAACAUUUUUUUUCUCUCGCUUCCCUGAAAGUUAUAACCAGGCUGACCUCUGGAAAGUGUUUCAACGAUGGGGCAAGGUGUGGGACGUGUUUAUUGCAGCAAGAAGAAACAGACAUGGACAACGUUAUGGAUUUGUGAGAUUCUUAGAGGUUGAGAAUGUUAAAAGGCUGGAAAAACAACUGGAUGAGAUAUAUAUUGGAGGAACCAAAUUGUACGCCAACAUCCCUCGAUACAGAAGAAAUGAAGACGUGAUGGUAGAAAGCCAACAUACAAAAAAACGAACAGAAGGUCAGUACAAAGGAGCAAAGGAGAAUAAACAAAAUCAAGAAGGAUACUGGAGGGUGAGAGGGCAAGGACAAAUGAAUAGAAACCAGCAACAAGAGUCACACCGUCAGACAUAUGCACAAAUUCUGAAAGGAAAACAAGUAUGGAAACCAAAGUCACGGAAAUGGAGGAUAAAGACAUAUGAACAUAAACAAGGAUGGAAUGGGAUAAGUUUUACCAUGCCGGAGGUGAACAGAGCAUGGCUAGAAGGCAGCUGGAUUGGCUAUCUAAAAGAUGUCACGAUGUUCAACAAAAUGAAAGAAGCCAUGCUACUCAAUGAACCAGAAGAAGUAAAAUUGAGAUAUUUAGGUGAUGACAUGGUAUUAAUAACAGGAUUGGAAGAGUGUAAAAUGCAACAGAAGAUCAAAGAUGAAGAAGACAUGUUUUCGACGUGGUUCCACUCAGUUCAAAAGUGGAAUACAAAUCUGCGACCAGGUAACAAAUUAGUUUGGGUGAAGAUUAUAGGGAUACCUUUACAAGUGUGGAAUGAUGAAUGCUUUGCAAAGGCAGUGGCGGUAUUGGGAGAGCAUGUCGCAACAGCAAAAGAAACAAGUAGUUUUAGUAAACUGGAUGCAGCAAAAGUGUUUAUACGUACAGGAUUAAAUGAACAUGUAAACUAG